UCAGUCAUCAACAUUUACUCUCAACAUGUUUUCUCCAAACUACUUUUCAAAGACUCAACCUCAAUGGGCUUCGCGAGGCAGACGCCGCUAUCGACAGCCCCAACUCCAUCAUCCAAGAUGUCAAUGCUACUCUUGCAUGUAUGAUCAAAACUCUGACUCGGAUAGUAGCGACUCAGCCGAGAUGUGCACGUAUCCGUCGCGCUAUCAGCAGAACUAUGCACAAAGAGGGUUCCAACCUAGCCAGAUGCCAAAACAGUUUGAACCGUUGCCAAGGCAGCAAACACAGUCACCUCCCAAGCCACUUGAGAAGCCAGUUCGGGCCGAUUCACGUCCUUCACAUUCUCCACAUCCUCAAAAGCCAAAAGAAGUCUAUGUGCCACUACUGGAUCUGGCAUUGCCAACACCGCCUUCUCCUUCAACUCCCGGCACAAUCACCAAGACUCUCGAGGACACCAUGUACGAAUACACCAUCAUUGUACCCCCAUCGACUCCACAUGAUUCCAUCAACAUUGGGGUAUCCUACAAAGGACAUGAUCGGACCAUGCAUGUGCUGACUCCCUCUAUCAAGGUUCAAAUCGCUGUUCCCAAUGAUGCCGAUCUAAACGAAAUGGUGGCCUGGUUAGAUCGCACCCAAUCAGUUGCAAGAGUCAGUGUGCCCAAGCUACCCGCUACCACCAAACGCAUUUGUGUACGCACCAAGUAAAAUCGUAUAUUUUACUGCCGUGCUUAUAUGAACAAAACGCACAUACCCAUCUUGCCGUAACUACCUUUUCUGUUUUGGAAUAUACAAUGGUUAAAUACUCGUGCAUUCCUACUAGGAGUUAGCUGCGCUGCUUCUCAAUAAUAGACAUUUUACAGCCGUAGUUGCGUAAAAUGAAACACUUUUGUAUUUAUCUUGUAAUGACUAUUUUGCUCCCGAAUAAACAAUGAUUGAAUAUUCGUUAUUAAAAAUUG